AUGCGGAGACGGGACGAAAGGUUGAUGCAACCAUUUCUCUACAGCCAUGUACUAAUCCAGACUGUACUGGAACAGAGUGGAGCACCUGAACACUUGCAAUACAUUGAUGACAUCGUUGUGUGGGGUGACACAGUAGAGGAAGUUUAUGAGAAAGGGAAGGAAAUAAUCCAGAUUCUUCUGAAGGCCGUGUUUGCUAUAAAGCAAAAGAAUCUGGUGGUCAAAGUACGUCAUGUGGAUGCCCAUGUACCCAAGAGUCGAGCCACUGAAGAACAUCACAACAACCAGCAGGUGGAUCAAGUUUCUAAGAUUAAAGUGGCUCAGGUGGAUCUGGACUGGCAAUAUUUGUAUUAUGGUGGAGAGGCCUUCUCUGUAGAGCAGCCACAGUCCUUUACUUGUCCUUAUUGUGGAAAGAUGGGUUAUAUGGAAACAUCUCUUCAAGAACAUGUUGCUUCUGAACAUGCAGAAAUAUCAACAGAGGUGAUCUGUCCAAUAUGUGCAGCAUUACCUGGAGGGGAUCCUAAUCAUGUCACAGAUGACUUUGCAGCUCAUCUUACACUGGAACACAGAGCUCCUAGAGAUUUAUACGAUGAAUCUAGUGGUGUUCGGCAUGUACGUAGAAUGUUUCACCCAGGCCGUGGUUUGGGAGGCCCCCGUGCACGUAGAUCAAACAUGCAUUUUACUAGCGGUUCCACUGGUGGGCUUUCAUCUUCUCAGAGUUCCUAUUCUCCAAGCAACAGAGAAACCAUGGAUCCUAUAGCUGAGCUUUUAUCUCAGUUAUCAGGCGUGAGACGUUCUGCAGGGCAGCUCAAUUCUUCUGGCCCUUCUGCUUCUCAGUUACAGCAGCUGCAGAUGCAACUGCAGUUGGAGCGACAGCAUGCACAGGCAGCAAGACAACAACUGGAGACUGCACGCAAUGCAACUAGACGCACUAACACGAGCAGCAUUCCUACCACUCUCACACAAUCUAUAGCAGCAACCAAUACAUCUAACACAGAAAACAAUCAGCAGACUAUACAGAACUCCCAGUUUCUUCUUAUGAGGUUGAGUGAUCCUAAGAUGUCAGAAGCAGAGCGUCAGUCAAAGGAAAGUGAACGGGCAGAUCGCAGCUUGUUUGUUCAAGAGCUUCUAUUGUCCACUUUGAUGCGGGAAGAAAGCUCCUCCUCAGAUGAGGAUGAACGAGGAGAGAUUGCUGAUUUUGGUGCUAUGGGCUGUGUAGAUAUUAUGCCUCUAGAUGUUGCUUUAGAAAACCUAAAUUUAAAAGAGAAUAAUAAAGGAAAUGAGCCUCCUCUUUGA